GACAAUUUCUUCAACUUUUAUUGACAAAGUUAUAUUUUACAAUAAUUGUGUACUUAAUUAGUCAUAACUAAUAAAAAAUUCUUCUAAAAAUAGUAUUUUUUCAAAUAAAUUACACUGCCGUGACGUACAAUUACUUAUAAAAGAACUAAUUAACAGAAUGUAAGAAAAUAUAUUAUGGCAUCAGCAGCAGGAAAUCAUCAGGAGUCCCACCCGAAGAAGGGCCUGGCCAAAGAAAGCAGCAUAGGCGUAUCGGAAUACACCAGUCCCGAAGUGGCACAGGAAAGUUCCAUAGAUGAAUUCGCCGCCCCGGAAGCCCGGUUUGAGUGUCCCAUUUGUUUGGCAUGGUUAAGGGAUCCGGUGCUUACUUCUUGCGGGCACAGGUUUUGCAGGAAUUGUAUACAAGAAUGGCUGCAGAAAGAAAAUGCUUGUCCCGUAGACAACAUGAGAUUAAACAGGGACAAGGACAUUUUCCCUGAUAAUUUUACCAGAAGGGAAAUUUCCCAGCAAAGAACAAAAUGCCCCAAUUUCUUGAGGGGGUGCUUGGAAGAACUGUCACCGUUGGAUAUCGAUUCUCACUUAUUGGUGUGUGAAUUUAGGCCUCCAGAGUUGCCCGAUCAUGAAAAGUUAUGCUGCCAAUACAUAAAUGUGGGUUGCAAGCAGAAGUUUGAAGAUGAACCUGAGCUUCAGAAGCAUUUGGAUGAAAAUAUCCAACUGCAUUUAAUGUUACUAUCUCAAGCGUACUCAAAAGUGAACUUAGGAGGUAAUGGUGACAGUGCCGGGUCGGCUUUAGCGCAAGCCAACUUCUGGGAUCCCCCCUCGAAGCAGGAGUCCUCCAGUCAGCAGCAAAGUCCUGAUGAAAAUUUGCAAAAUCUUUUAAAGGCCCUCUAUGAAAGGAUAGUAUUCCUCGAACAGAAAACCAGAGAGCAAGACAUCAUUAUAGCCAACAUGUCCCAGCAAAUAUCGAAUUAUAAUAGCACCCUGGCCUCCUUUCAGCAGAGAUACUGCAACGGAUGUUUCGUGUGGCAUUUUCACGAUUUUAAAAAUAAAAUAAGGGCCAUGAAGGAAAAUACUAAUAUUCUCCACUAUAGUCCUGGAUUUUACACUAGUUCAUAUGGAUAUAAAAUGUGUAUUCGAAUCAAUUUGUCCCCUAAAGACCCCAACUAUUUAGCCAUAUUGGUUCACAUAAUGAAGUCUGAACAUGACCAAGCAUUAGACUGGCCCUUUUGUGGAAGACUGAGUAUAACUAUUGUUCAUCCAACGCACUCGUACAAGAACAUAAAGGAAACAAUGAUGUCCCGGCCAGAAUUGCAAUCGUUCAACCGUCCCAUUCACGAUUUGAACCCAAAAGGGUUCGGAUACACCGAAUUCGCCUUACUUGAAGAGCUAUUUGAUCAAGAAUAUACCGUUAACAAUCAAUUAAUCAUUAAGGUAAAUGCUCAACCUGUUUAGUUUUUUUUGGUUUCCAUUUUAAAAGUGUCCUUAUUUUAUGUACUUAAACUUUGUUAUAUAUGUUUAACUGUUAUACAUACUCAGGAAAGCACUUAAAACUCGAAUAUACAUACAUUCCAUAAUGUUGGACCUUUAUACACCAAAAUGUUAAUAAAUGUUUUAAUAUUAA